AUGGGUACAGUAAAGGGACUACAAGGAAGAGAAGGGAGAAUGGGAAUGAUCAGCGGCUCGCAGAAUACAGUAACGAAUGUAACAGUACCAAGCAUCAUUACAUUACCUAGUAUGCCUCUUUUAAACAAAUUACACCAUAAGGAGGAUCAAGGAAAUUCUCUCGAACGAGACAUUCCUUCGGUUCAAAUUGAACAAUCCUUCUCGCCAUCACUAUUUGGCCCUUCAGCCAAAGCGGGCGAAGCACCGCCAGGUUACACGGCUGCGAGUGCGACUUAUGGCGCCACUGAAGGAGAUCUGAGUGCGGCCUUUGCCAACCUCAAAAUUUCACAAUCAAGUAUUCCUGCUUUCCCAGAUCAGGAUACAUGCCUUGUACAUCUCAAAUUACUGAAAACUUUUCAUGACCUCAAAGAAGAUGUCGGGUAUACUGAUGGGAUUUUCGGCCUGUGGGAUGCACGUUGCGAACUUCCAAUUGUUGAGGAUCGCAAUAAAGCAUUGGUCGUGAUGCGAGAGAAAAGAUGGGCUUUAUACAUUGCGAGAGCAGUAGAGAGAUUUGAAGAUUGGUGGUUGAAAGUGUUAUGUGAGCAAGAAAACGCGAGUAGAUUGCGAGAGAAUGAUAUGAAGAUCAGCUCGAAUUUUAUGGAUUUCCCGAAGCAUGGUGUAGCUAAAAGUUGGAGCACUUCACUUUUACCCCCUAAAGAUGUCCUUAUGGUAUGGCAUUCGUUGAUGCUCAAUCCUCGAAGUUACCUGGAAGAUUGUAUUCGUUUUGGGUUGAAAGAUCUCUGGGCAACCGGUAUGCCAUGGCAUGCCGUCAAUACAGCCAUCGAUACGAGCUUCAAUUAUCAAGUACCAGAAGCAGCCAAGGAGAGAUUCACAAAUGCCACGGGACAUCAUUGGAGCAAUGCCAAGGAUCAUUUAACAAAAACACUGAAUUGCCCGCGAUGUACUCAAACAUUGAAGAUUCCAUGGACUACAUGCGCUACUAAUGAGAAGCCAUCAUUGAAAGAGUAUGGUAUCUAUUUUGAUUUCUCUGAUAUUGUUGCUAAUGUUAACAGAAUCAUGGAAAUGAACGGUGCCGGCUAUGGCGAUCGGGGUUUAUCUUACGUCUGUCAUAGAUGUGGUGGUGGAAUCAACCAUGAUCUUUUACGAGUCGCCAAAUUCAGGAGAGAUGUUGAAAAUCUAAUUAUGAGAGGGUAUCCUCUCGGAGGCACAAUUCUAUCACCUACUUCUGGCAUCCCAGCAGCUGUGGAGAUGACAAACUCUCAAGGACACGAAAACACUUUCCCUAAUCGUAUGAUCAGUGUCGAGCUAAAGGUAAAAAUUCUGGAUCUCAUUGAUAAAGACCCCAACUCGAAACCUACUAUGACGGAUGUCAGAGAUCUUAUCGAAGCAACCAUGAAAGAUAGAUCAGCCAUUAGGAGAAUCAACAGCAGGACGGGCAUUGUGCUGAGAGCAGAGCGCAUCGCAAUUCGAAAAAUGAUGUCGAGAUAUUGGGAAAAUUCUUCAAUCUUCGCGCUUGAACUUGGAGGAGCCGUAAUUCGUCAGAGUAUCUUUGUCGAUAAAAUGGCCAAACUUGACUGGCUUCAUUCUCCGGCUGCUAGGGAGACAAUGACUCGAUUACUCACUAAGUAUAGGAGAUUCGUUGAUAUCAUGCGUCUUCAUCCAAAGGACGUCUGUGUUCCAACUUUGGAUGUGGACUUGGCAUGGCAUACUCAUCAACUAUCACCCAAACAAUACUACGAUUAUACAUUCUCUCGAUGCUUGAAAUUUAUAGACCACGAUGAUAAGAUGGAAGAAAACGCCCUUUCUACUGCCUUUGAAUGGACAACACAUUGA